AUGUCGAAUAACACCGAGGAGGAUGCGCCAACGGGUGCCAAAAGUGGAAUCAUUAUUAUCGUCAUCAUCGUACCCUCGGUAUUGAUCAUUUUACUUCUUACGCUGGUCAUCAUGAAUCGCCGCAGGGGCCUUCGCGAUGAAUCUCAACACAAAGAGAAGCGCUGGAAGACGCGACAGGACGAACUAGAAAGCCACAUCAAAUCUCAAAAUUUCUAUGAUUGGCUCGCAAGCCAGAAAGAAAAGUGUCCUGAUGCACCGCAACCACACGAUCCCUUGUGGUAA